AUGGAUUUACCGACACGCUUGAUAGUCAAGGGCUCGCACUGGAGGUUUGUCUUCUAUGGAUUGUUGAUCGCAUUCGCCUACACAGUUGUGAUGCUGCAGCUCAUGCAGAAACAGAUCCUAGGUGAUGUAUGGCAAAUGAUUAUCAAGCACAGGGAGAUUCCCGGGCCUCCGAAGACGGGGGGUGCUUCACCGACCGCGGAGAUGAUCCCCGGGUCUGCCCUGUUUCACCGGCAGUGGGACGUCAACUGCUCCGCUCUUUUUGCGGGCGACGACGCGGUGAUUGAAGAGACAGCGAUGUUCAUCAGCAGGGAAAGGGAGCAACGUAACGGGUCACUCCCCGUUCCGAUCGAUGCCGAAGUCCGGAACUGGACCCGGGACUGCGAAGCAUUCCGGAGGGAGAGGGGCUACCCGAUGUACCCAAUGUCCGAGGAAGAGACAAGCUUUCCACUGGCGUACACGAUCAUCACCCAUAUGACCGCAGCUCAAGUGGAGAGGCUCUUACGAGCCAUAUAUCAGCCGCAGAACAUCUACUGCUUUCAUCCGGACGCGGGGUCGUCGGCCGAGUUUCACGGCGCGAUCCGUGGUCUCGCCAACUGCUUCGAUAACGUCUUCGUCGCGUCAAAGCUCGAGGACGUGCAGUACGCUGGGUUCACGCGCCUUCUCGCCGAUAUCAACUGCAUGCGAGAUUUGACGGGCCCGCCAGCCGGGGGACACCCUUGGAAGUAUCUGAUCAACUUGUGCGGCCAAGACUUCCCUCUCAAAACCAAUCUGGAAAUCGUGCGCCAAAUGCGAUUUUACAACGGCACGAAUGAUAUCCAUAGCUACCCUCAGUCAGCCUACAAACGACAGUGGACGUAUUUCCACCACACCGUGAGGAACGGUUUCGUUGAGCGAACCCCAAUUCCCAAACGGCCCCCUCCCCGCGGCAUGAGACUGCACAACGGUAACGCUUACUUUGCGGCAACCAGGCAGUUCAUCGACUUCGUCUUGACCGAUCAGCGAGCCAUACAUCUGUUAGACUGGACACGGGACACAUACAGCCCCGAUGAAGUCUACUGGGCGACACUGCAGAGGCUCCCCGGCGCCCCCGGUGGGUUUCCAGACAUCGCGGCUAACUCGGACUGCAAAUUUCGGUUCGUUAAAUGGGUCAGCGACCUGACCACUCCCGAGUGCCGCUUCGGGAAGACCGUCCGAGUCGUGUGUAUUUUCGGCGUAGACUACCUCCAGCACCUCAUCCGGGCUCCUAAUCUCUUCGCCAACAAGUUCCACUAUGAUUUCGACCCCGUAACGAUGCAGUGUCUUGAGGAGAGACUAUACUUCAGGAGUACGCAUCCUGAGGAGUCAGAUCAAUUAGAUAAUUUCCCUCUAUCGAAUUACAUCAAGCAGGAAACGAUCAAUGAUCUUCAUACCCAACCCAGUUUGAGUGUUGCUUGACGUUCCAUACUUCACCCGAUCACUGGAAAAAAGAAGGAUCAUCUUCACCCGAUCACUGGAAAAAAAGAAGAAUGCAUUCGAAACCCAACACACCGUCAGUGACGCCACGACGUAUAACACUCGUGUACAUACCAUAAAAACUAGCAAUCGGAGAAAAUGGCAUCUGAAAUUGAAUGCCUUCUAUAACAACACUUUGCGUCAAAACUGCCGAGUAUUUUCAGUUGGGUUUCUCGUUAUGGACACUAUGUAUUGACUAUUAAAUUUGCUGUUUUUCACCCGUUUGUAUAUUAAAUCAACAAGAUAUAAGAGA